AUGGGCAACACGUGCGGCGUCACCUUUAGAUCCAAGUACUUCUCCAGCUUCCGCGGCGCGCCGGAGCGCCACGACUCGGGCUACGCGCCCGUCGCCGCCGCCGCCGCCGAUGCCGAUGCCGACUCGCCGCUGGGCAAGCGGCCCUCGCGCCCGGCGGCCGUGGCCGACGCGGCCGCCCCGCCCCCCGCUGCCGGCAUGCGCCGGGGCUCGCUCGCCCCCGCGGAGCUGACGGCCAACGUGCUCGGCCACCCCACCCCGAGCCUCCACGACCACUACCUGCUCGGCCGCAAGCUCGGGCAGGGCCAGUUCGGCACCACCUACCUCUGCACCGACCGCGCCACCGGGGCGGACUACGCCUGCAAGUCCAUCGGCAAGCGCAAGCUCAUCACCAAGGAGGAUGUCGAGGAUGUGCGCCGCGAGAUCCAGAUCAUGCACCACCUCGCCGGCCACCGGAACGUCGUCGCCAUCAAGGGCGCCUACGAGGACCAGGUCUACGUCCACAUCGUCAUGGAGCUCUGUGGCGGCGGCGAGCUCUUCGACCGCAUCAUACAGCGGGGGCAUUACAGCGAGCGCAAGGCGGCCGAGCUCACGCGCAUCGUUGUAGGAGUUGUCGAGGCGUGCCACUCGCUCGGGGUCAUCCACAGGGAUCUCAAACCUGAAAACUUCUUGCUGGCCAACAAGGAUGACGACAUGUCGCUUAAGGCCAUCGACUUCGGCCUCUCCGUCUUCUUCAAGCCUGGUCAAGUUUUCACUGAUGUUGUCGGAAGCCCUUAUUAUGUAGCUCCAGAAGUGUUGCGCAAACGUUAUGGGCCAGAAGCUGAUGUAUGGACAGCUGGUGUAAUUCUUUACAUACUACUAAGUGGUGUACCACCAUUUUGGGCAGAGACUCAGCAAGGAAUAUUUGAUGCAGUAUUGAAAGGCGUUAUUGAUUUUGAUAGUGAUCCCUGGCCUGUUAUUUCUGAUAGUGCAAAGGAUCUCAUAAUGAGAAUGUUGAAUCCUCGCCCCGCAGAGCGUCUAACAGCACAUGAAGUUCUAUGUCACCCUUGGAUUUGUGAUCAUGGAGUUGCUCCUGAUCGUCCACUUGAUCCAGCUGUCCUUUCUCGCAUUAAGCAGUUCUCAGCAAUGAAUAAGUUAAAGAAGAUGGCUUUGCGAGUAAUUGCUGAGAGCCUUUCAGAGGAGGAGAUUGCAGGAUUAAAAGAAAUGUUUGAGGCAAUGGACACAGACAAUAGCGGUGCAAUUACAUAUGAUGAGCUGAAAGAAGGCAUGCGAAAGUAUGGUUCAACACUAAAAGAUACUGAGAUUCGUGAUCUUAUGGAAGCGGCGGAUGUGGACAACAGUGGAACCAUCGAUUAUAUAGAAUUCAUUGCUGCUACAUUGCAUCUCAAUAAACUAGAGCGAGAGGAACAUCUUGUGGCAGCCUUUUCUUAUUUUGACAAGGAUGGUAGUGGUUACAUUACAGUGGACGAGCUCCAGCAAGCUUGCAAAGAGCAUAACAUGCCAGAUGCUUUUCUUGAUGACGUCAUAAUCGAAGCUGACCAGGAUAAUGACGGUCGCAUUGAUUACGGAGAGUUUGUUGCCAUGAUGACAAAGGGCAAUAUGGGAGUUGGGAGGAGAACAAUGAGAAACAGCCUGAAUAUAAGCAUGACUGAAUGA